GUUCAUACGAGUCGUCACUCUUAUCCUCACCCCAGAGCAGAACUGCUGUUGUUACUUGUACCUAUCAAGUUACUCUAGAGGACAUAGAGACACUUCAAGACCUGCAACUCUUGGCUUUCUCCACUCGCAUCUCUUUGGCCAUCUCUAACACAUUUGCAACUCUGGGCUUUAUUCUUCCCUAUAUGCAGGACCGCGAAGUUGAACAUUCUUAUCCUUAUUUCAGUCAUUGGACUUUACCUUCCUUAAUAUACCUUGAAAUCACCGGGAGUUUCCUUUCACCUCCUCUCGGUUAUGAGGAAGAUGUCGCCCGGUUCUUACGCAAAGUGGGUUCUAACCUACGUGGGUUGGUGCUCGAUGUCCACGCCAUUCCUCAGCCGAAUGCGGAUCCGGUGUCUCUCCCAUCGAGCAUUUGGACUCAUUUCGUUCGACUGGAGACCGUUUGUAUAAAGCUCAGUGCGAUAGAUCUCGUCCCCUUCUCUAUCAUGUCCAAUAUUUCGGAAAUGGAAAGUCGCGGGUUUUGGGAUGCCUCUCAGAUAGCCCAAACCUCGACGAAACCUUGCAGACAAAUCUCCACAAGGCUCUCAAUAUAUAGCUUUCGUUUACCGUUUCUUCGAGAUGAUACGGCAAGAGAAGUCAUAAAUGAGUUACAUGCCUACAUCUCGACGGACGAAUGCCGGGAACGAAUGGAAUGGGACUCGAGGAAUCUCCUUUGUUACUACAUGUGGCCUCUGGAGAGUGAGGAGAAGGAAGAUGAAGCAGAGUUUACGGACGGAGACGAUGGAAGUGAGACAGAUAGUUCGAACGAGGUCGAA